AUCAGAUUUAAUUAACAAUUCAUGGCAAUGUUUGUGUGCCCAACUGGGGUUAUGGACAGAAAUGUUCAUGUCAGUGCAAAGACUUCAUACAGUGAAAACACAGCACCAUUACCAGCAGUUAAUCACUUAAGAAGUGAGGAAUGUAUUCUAAUGGCAGAGCUUCCCUUUCUUAAAGCUGACAUCAGAGAAAUAUUUGAAAUUCCUUUAAAAAAUGAUUUCAAGCCCCGAAAAAGGAGGCGGCAAUUUUGGAGGAGGAGCCAACUUUGGAGGAGAAAACUCUGGUGCCGGAGGCCGAAAGUGAUGGAGCAGCAGCAACAGGGCAGAGAAGAGAAUCAAGAAGUAACCCAGGAGCAGAACCCUGCUAAUAAAGGUCCAAAGGUGAUUGUGCAGGUGCAGCCACAGGGCCAAGGAGGGGUGGUCCCACAGGUGACGGUGCAGGUGCAGCAACAGGGCCAAGGAUGGGAGGCACCUCAGGUAACUGUGCAGGUGCAGCCACAGCAGAAGGGGCCAGGAUGGGAAGCCCCAGGGGUCACUGUGCAAGUGCAGCAGCAGGGCCAAGGAGGAGCAUCCUUGCAGGUGACUGUGGAGGUGCAGCCGCAGCAGAUGGGCCCAGGAUGGGAAGCCCCAGGGGUCACUGUGCAGGUGCAGCAGCAGGGCCAAGGAGGAGCAUCCUUGCAGGUGACUGUGGAGGUGCAGCCGCAGAGGGGCCAUGACAGAGAAGGGUCCCGGGUAACACAGACCCAGCACCAGGGCCAAGAUGAGGAAGGGUCAAAGACCAUGGAACAGCAGCUGAACCAAGAUGAGAGAGAAUCACAGGUGAUGGCCAAAGAUGAGAGAGAGCCAAAGGAGCUGGAGCUGGAAGGGAACCAGGGCCAAGACAAGGAAGGGACAGAAGCAAUUGAGCAGCAGCAGGACCAGAGCCAAGAUAAGGAAAGGUCAAAGGCCAUGGAACAGCAGCUGAACUUGGAUGAGAGAGAGUCCAAAGUGAGGGUCGAAGAUGAGAGAGCGCCAAAGGAGCUGGAGCUGGAAGGGAAGCACGGCCAAAACAAGAAAGGGACAGAAGUGUUGGAGCAGCAGCAGGACCACAGCCAAGAUGAGGAAGGGUCAAAGGCAGUGGAUCCACAAAAACCAAGCCAAGAAGAGGAAGGGCUUAAGACUAUGGAGAUGGAGGAGCAGCAGGACCAGGGGCAAGAUAAACAAACAAUGUAUAAGAAACACCUGAGAGAGAUGCCAAAUUAUUUUGUCUCUAUCCCAAUAACAAAUGAUCAGAUUUUGGACAAAAUUGAAGAUGUCCAGGAGCUAAUAUUCACUAAAGAACCUGACUUGUUGAGAGCUCUAAUUCCUGUUCAAACAAUGCAUCUCACUAUCAUUGUAGCCCAUCUGAGAACAGAAGAAGAUGUGAAAAAGGCUGUUGUGGCACUGGAGCAGAGCAAAGCUAAAGUGGAAGCCAUUUUGCAGGGUAAACUCUUUAACAUGACAUUUCAUGGGAUUGGGCAAUUUAACAACCAAGUGAUAUAUGUGAAAAUGUCAGACGAUGAACAGCAAAUGUUAAGCAAAAUUGCAGAAGCUGUGGAGGGAUCUUUCAGUGAAAUGGGUCUCGAUAUUACAGGGAGUAAGGACUUCAAACCACACCUUACAUUUCUGAAGCUAUCCAAAGCACCUGCAUUGAGAAGGAAGGGCUUCAGAAAGAUUAAUUCGGAUCUAUAUAAGGAAUAUGAAGACAGCCCUUUUGGCACAGAGGUCUUCAGUCAAAUUGAUCUUUGUGCCAUGCAUAAGAAGAAGCAGGAAUCUGGUUACUAUCACUGUGAGUGUUCAAUUAAUGUAGGCUCUGGCAGUGCAGAAGAGAAUAAGGAGCAAACGGUGAAGACAGAAUACUUGGGUGGGAUGGCCACUGAGGUUCCUCCAAAUGGUGCAGCAGAGGUGGAAACUGGAGACAUUACUGCAGGCUGUAAUUGUGUAGCAAAAGAUGAUGACAAACCAUCUGAAAAUAUUGCUGAUGCGUCAGUCACAAAUAAAGAGACAGAAAUCAAUGAGAAGGAUGUACAGCCUGAAGCUAAGGAUGAAACUUUCACUGCAGAUGGAGAGGUCUGCUCACAGUCAGCACCUGAUCUCUUGCCAGUAAGCCCAGACACAUUAAAGGGUGUGGAUGAGAGACAAGAAAAAGCAAAGCUUGCAGAUGGUAAUUUGCAAAGAGUUGAGGCAACAGAAGUGGCAUCCGAUCAGCUAAACAUUACAGCAUAAAGGACAAACUGUUCCAGUCCUCAGCAAAUGUAGAUGUAACCAUUAUUGGUGAUGCCAAUCAAUGAAGGAAAGCCACUAGGGUACAAUCCAAUUAGAUUUAGAUACUGUACAAAGACAGAGAAAUGUUACUUAUUCUGAAUGCUAUUAGGAUGAUUAAUUACUUUUCAGCAGAAAUUGAAGCUCUUUUCCAAAGUAGUCAACAAAAAUCAGAAGUGGGACAAAGAUUUCUACAUGGGAAAAUUGAGUAAAUGAAGCAGAUUUGGGUGUAAACCUAGAGCUCAGUCCUGCAAAUUUUUAAGCUCCCUAAACAUGUGCACUUUCAGAGACUAAUGAUAUUAUGAAUACUCAUGAGCAUGUAUCUGUGGGAAUGGAUCCUUAAAAGUAGUGAAUUCAUUACUCCAAAAGAACCAUACACAAACAACCUUUGCUUUCAUGCCCAUACUUGGUGGAUGAUGUUAGUUUAUAAAGUUUGAAAUUUCUUUUGAAUGAUAGCUAUUCAAUGAGAAAAUAUUUUGUUUGAAUAAUAGAAAUAGCUCACUUAAAAUCUACACAGAAAUCGAGUCCUUGAUUUUUGGCUUUAAACUAAUAUAGUAUUACACAAAGGAGUAAUGCAUAAACAACAACAACAAAAAUCCAUAACAUAUAGUAUGUUUUUGUGAGAUGUCUAAUUUAAGGAGGAGAUGGGGCCCAACAGCCUUUCAAUCAAGAAUAUGGGGUUAUUUUAGACUGAACUGAAAUAUAUAGGAAUAAAGAAUGCAGUAAAAGAAUUCAUAGAGAAUUACUUUCUUCUUUGUAGAGAUGAAGUAUUUUUUGUUUUUCAAUGUUACAAAAAGUUAUUGAGCCAAAUCCUGCUUGUCUUACUCAUGCAAGCUGUCCUAUGAAAAUCAACGAGAUAACCUGCAUGAAUAAGGUAAUCACCAUUUUGCUCAUAGAAAGUGUGUUUGUUAGCUUACAUGAGCAUAGAGGAUUUAGAACCUAGUGGCAAUGUUACACCAGUAGAUGGCACUAAUGGAAAAACAGAUGUAACUGGUGAAACACUAUGAAAAUGAAAGGUUGCAGAAUUUGCAAGUGGAGAAGUGCUACCCUGAAGAUCUUUCUUUUGUACUUACCCGAAGACUAAAAAUCCACAAAGGGCAGAAGUAAAUGUUGAGAGGAAGGACAGUUGAAACAUUUAUAAAAUACCAUACUUCCGUAACCUGCUUUGAAUGGUCAUUAAAUAGUCAUGUUGGUAUAUUAAAAGCUCUAUUUUUUACCAGUAAAUUCAUGCUAUUUCAAGUAAAAGAAGAGCACACACAGUUUCUGAAAAAAUAGUUUCAAGCAUAUGGUGCUGGGAAUUCCACACAUGGUAUAGAAAUACUAACCUUGAGGCAAUUCAGUGCCUCUGAAUUGAUACAUCUAAUUAAUACUAUGAUGUUUGAAAGUCUGUUAAACUUAAACCAGACUUGCAUACUGAUCACUCUCUAACAUUUCCUGUAAGAGGAGGUUUGUAGGAAAAGAAGAUAAGUUUAGUGUUAAAAGUAGCCAUUUUGCACUAUUUCAUGCACUGGGCUGAGUAAAGCACAGGUGCAGUAUCUUGAGGCAGAAGGGACCAAUCUCAUCCCUGGUGUAACUCCACUGCAGCUAGUGGAGUAAUAUCCAGGGUGAAUUUGGUCCAAGCUUUAGGAAUUUCUAGCUAUUUCAUUCACAGUUUCUUCCAGUAGGUGUCUUGGAAGUGUGAUUAUAGUGUACGCUUCUAGUAAGGAUGCAGUUGAAAAGGUGUUUUUUUAAGUAAAAGUAAGUGUAAGAAAAGGAUUUAUUUUCAUGGGUUUUAAGUUCUGGAUAUCUUAAACUCUUAAUUAUAUAUUAAAGCCACAUACAUAGUUUAUGUCUUGGAAAAUCCUUUUCAGAAGUAUUUGCACUAAAUAUGAAGCAGGCAUUGAGAAACAAUGAGAUUCUUAUUGAUUCAUAACUGAAAAGAGAAAUAGUAUAAUCACACAUCUUCUUAUGAAAUUAAGUGGAUUACACAAAUUCCCCAGUCCAAACUAUUUUUUUUACUACAGAAAAUUCUAAUUAUCUUUUUCUAGAAGAUGGUACUAGAACAUAGCAAAUGUGUGCUGAACCUGUUAUCCUUUUGAAAUAUUUGCUUUUCUAAUUGCAUUGUACAGAUUUAGAUUUAAGUUUUAAUGCUGCUUUUGGUUUAUUGAGACAUUUGUGGAAGUAGAUUACCUUAUCUCUUAGAAAUACUGUGCACUUAUUUCGAGUAAAUUGUUAAAUACUAUUUAUUAUGUUGUACAGCUACCGCUAUUCUUGACAAUUCAGAGCAGCUUUUAAAGUAUAAAAUGUUUAGCAUGUACAAUUUUCAACUCUUUUUGUCUUGGCAAUCAUGUCAAAACAAGUUUAUGUAAUGCUGUUCAAGUUUCCUCCAAUUCUACAACCUGUGGUGAAAACAUGCUAUUACAAAUGUUGGCGUGGCUUCACGUUUUUUGUUUUAGCUGUGGUGAUCCAUGAUCUUGUUCCCACCCCUGUGUUUUCUAUCCAAAUUAAUUGGAAACACAUUUGAUUAUUAUACACUUAUGAUUGGGCAAGGCAGGUGGGAGACAGCUUCUAAAAUGAAAGUAAUUAUGUACUGCAGAAACUGAUGAAUUACCGUGCAUUGUGGCAAUUGUAUGAAAAUUACAUUGUUAAAUCUAGGUCUUGAUUUGAUGCAUUCUUUAUGAUUCAUGUAUUUACUCUUCUAUCUGUAUCCAUAAUACCUACGAUGUUACCUUUAAGGUGUCUGAUCACCUAUGUUUUCCCUUUGUGAACAAUUUUCUUUAUAAGU